UAGAUGUAUGUAUAUUCAAAUAAUUAAAAGUAAUUUUAUCUUCAUAAAUAUAUAUUUUUAAAUAAUGAACCAUUUUAAUCGCGGCGUUGAUAAUCAACAACAACAGCAACAAAUGCAGCCUCAAAACCAUCAGCAAGCUUAUUUUCUUAAUCUUCAACAACAACAACAGAGAAAUCAAGCUAUUCAGCUUCAACAUCAACAAAUUCAAGGCUCUCAUAACAUGUCCUCAAUGCAGCACAAUUUCAUGACUCCCACUCAGCAGCAGCAUCAACAAAUUCAACAACAAAUCAGAUCUCCAACGCCCCCACAUCAAGGAAUGUUGCAACAUAGACAACAAGCUUUUCAACAACAUGGGAUUAUGCAUGGAAUGCAUGCGAUUCAGCAUCAACAAAACUCUCCUCAACCACAUUUUCAAUCUCAACAAUCUCCUCGACCAAUUAUUAGAACAAUGAAUGUUAAUUCACCCCAACAACAUCAACAAUCAGUUGUUGUCACUCAACAACAAUUACAACAACAACAGCAUUAUAUGCAAUUUGCUCGUCCUUCAGAAGUAUCACCUAUGGUGGCCCAAUCACAAUUUAUUCAACAAUCUAACCCUCAAUUUGUUAAUGGAAAUAAUGUGGGAGGUGUCGUUCAGGGACAGCAUUUAAGACAAAUGCUAAUACCUCAAAGUUCAGCUUCGCCUGUUUUUCGUCACAAUGUUGUUAUACAACGUGAACAGCCUAAAUCUGGUGGUAAUGCAAUGCGAUUCCCUUCGCAACCUGCCACUCCGAUAUCAUCAACAGACAAAUUAUCGCCUCAACAAGAACUUCAUGUUCUACAACAAAAUUAUUCUGGUGCUCACAUUCAACACCAUCCUAAUUAUUCUACUGGUAACGAACAGCAACAACGCUUUCUUCAGCAUCAACAACAAAUUCCUUCUCGUAUUUCUGUUGUUCAUUCUCAUCAUCAGUCACCUCACCAGAUACAGCCUAAUUUAUCAACAAGUAUGGGAGUAAAUGCUGUUUCUGCUGUAUCUUCUAGUGGCCAAUUAAUAACUAGCAAUAGUGGAGGUAAUAUGGCAGCAAAAGUCCCAGUUUUUGUAACUUCCCAUAACCAACAGCAACAAGUUUAUUUUGCAAUUCAACAACAACAAAAACCAUCUUCUGUUAGUAGUAUUACAGAUAAUAACGAGUUUGCAUCAUCUUCUUUUAUGAACGUACAGAAUGGAACACCAACAUCGGCUAUAUUACUUAACGAUGAUGGGUUAAGCAAUAAUGGACGUGCCUCUUCUAGUAAUCAAUCUAUGAUGGAACAGCAUUUAAAUGGCUCGAAUGGAACGGGAAACUUUUUAUUUUUACAUCCUAAGUCUGAUCAUUUAAUGGGGCAACAUGGAAGUAUUAGUGGACAGCCAUCUCCAUCAAACAAUGUUGAAAUGCUACAGUCAGAGUCGCCUGGAAACACAAUAGCAUUUGAAGGAAGUUCUUCUAGUAAUAUUAUUCCAUCAAUUUCUAGUAACAAAAAGAAAGCAAGUUCAAAACAAUCAUUAGCAAAAACUUUUCAACAAAAAAAUAUUAGCAAUGUAGGAAAUUCUUUGGGCAAUAAUUCAACAAUUAAUGUUUCUACUACAAACAAUAAACAUUUGGAAAAUAAUUUAAAUAACGAUUUAAUCAAAGCAAGCAUUUCCAGUCAUUCAACAAUUAAAUUAUUAGAUCGUGAAACUUUUGAUACUUUUGUAAAAACUGUAGAUCCAAAUGAAGUAUUGGAAGAUGAAGUUUCCGAUGCUCUACAACUUGUUUUGGAAGAUUUUGUUGAUGAAAUAAUUCGAAAUUCUGUUGAUUUAUGUAAACAUCGAGGUUCAACAAAAUUAGAAGCUAAAGAUGUCCAUUUUGUAUUGGCAAAUAAAAUGAAAUUGGAUGUAGAUACAGAAUCUAAUGGAAUUUCUUCUGUUGGAAGUAGUAACAACAAUAAUUCUGGAGCACCGGUAAGUGGAGGUACUUCAACAUUUUUUCAACAAUCGCCAGCCUCUAAACGUGCACCAUUGAUAGCACAUCAACAAAGAAUGGCUUUGAUUAACAAAACAAUUAAAAAGCUUUGA